AUGCGUUAUGGGCAUAUCGCAGUGCAUUUAAGACUCCCAUUGGCACCUCACCGUACCGGUUAUUCUUUGAUAAGGUGUGUAAUUUGCCCGUGGAGCUUUGAACACAAAGCCAUGUGGGCUCUAAAAAGGUUGAAUCUUGGCUGGGCUGAAGCUGCUAUUCUGAGAGUGACACAACUCAACGAAAUGGAAGAAUUCCGUCUCCAUGCCUAUGAGAGUGCAACCAUGUAUAAGGAACAAAUGAAGUUUGUUUAUGACAAGAAGAUCUUGAAGCGAGAAUUCAAAUCUGGUGACUUGGUCUUGCUCUUCAACUCGAGACUCAAGUUAUUUUCGGGCAAACUCAAAUCCAAAUGGUCUGGCCCAUUCAAAACUGUGAAUGUGUCCCCUUACGGUGAUAUUGAAUUAGUGUCGGAGGAUGGACUUUGA